ACACAGAUGUACUUCAUUCACUGCUUCUCAGCAAUGGAAUCUGGGAUCCUUGUGGCCAUGGCUUUGGAUAGGUAUGUAGCCAUCUGCGAUCCCCUGAGACAUUCCACCACCCUGACAAACCUCACGGUGGCCAAAAUCGUUCUCACUGUGGUACUACGCAGCAGCAUACUCGUACUACCCAAUCCCUUCCUGGUGUGGCGGUGCCCCUAUUACAGAACCAACAUCAUCCCCCAUACCUACUGCGAUCACAUAGCUGUGGUCAAGUUGGCCUGUGCUGACAUUAGUGUCAAUAAUUACUAUGGCCAGUCUAUGGCAUUCUUCAUCACAGGUCUGGAUGGGUUUUUUAUCAUUGUGUCCUACUCCCACCUCUGUGUCAUUUUAGCCUUUUACAUCCCCAGUCUCUUCUCCAUCCUGACACAUAGAUUUGGCCACAAUGUGGGCCCACUUUUCCAUGUUCUCAUUGCCAAUGUGUACCUCCUGGUGCCCCCCAUGCUGAACCCCAUCAUAUACAGGGUGAGGACCAAAACGAUACGGAACAGACUGCUCUGGAUCUCUGCUUAUAAAGGGAUCUAA